ACUACUUUUGUGCCUUUAGUGCUAUUUUGUUAGGGCUCUGAGACGCCGGCCGCAAUUCGACCGAGCUGAGAAGAGUUGUCGUCGGAGAUUUCCACAAUGCCGAAGCAGAUCAAUGAGAUCAAGGAUUUCCUUCUCACAGCUAGAAGAAAGGAUGCUCGUUCUGUGAAGAUCAAGAGAAGCAAGGGUGUUGUGAAGUUCAAGGUCAGGUGCUCGAGGUAUCUUUACACUCUCUCUGUGUUUGACUCGGAGAAGGCUGAUAAGCUCAAGCAAUCUCUUCCUCCAGGUUUGAGCGUGCAGGAUCUGUAAUGACGAGAGGGGAUGAUGAUGUCUUUGGUUUAUUGUAGUUUACAUCUGUUGAAUCAUUCCUCAUCUGUCAGAAAUUUUGGAGUUCGGUUUGGUUUGGUUUGUUUUCAUGUCAUGCUUCCUCUUGAAUUGAGUUGUAAGACUAAAACCUGUAUCUCUUUUUUUUUUUCCAGUCCUGUUGAAAUUAUAAAUUACAAUUCUACCGUGUUACUUAACUGACAUAAUAUUUUUUUUCUGAUUUA